UGUUCAAGCACUGCGUUGUACUAGUCGAUUCAUUAGGUAUGCUUUGAUGGGUGUCCAAGGCUGGAACAACUACGUCAACAACCUCAACCUCGCCGUUACAUACGCCGCCACCAUCCUAAGCCUAAAGCUCGCAAAGGUGGUCGACGACCUGUGGCCAGCAAAGAAGGACAACGUCACCCCCAUGAAACAGUUCCUGGCGUGGGUCAACGGUAUCCUCAACGCCUUCCCAACCACAGCAGCACUCGGCGCAACCGCAGGUAGCAUCGCCAGCACCGUCCAAGGCGGCAACAUCAUUGCGGGUGGAAUGAUGCUGGCGCCCAGCGCGGGUGGCCAGUUCCUGCGAUGGAGCGAUUUGUCGAGCCAGAUGGGCGGCAAAGUCGACGAGCAUAAGCAUGCGAUCGGGACGUACGCGAAAAAGGUUAUUGACGCGUACAUUGAUGAUCCGACGUGGGGCUUCAACAAGGUCCUGAGCGGCGGUGGCUACCUGUCCCGCCAGAGGAACAUCACGCAGGAUGAUUUUGAUACGUGGAUGUACAAGACCGUCAGCGUGAACGCCAUGGCGCUGCUCAUGCAGGCGCAGAACGUCUACAUUAUCCGCACUCUCAACAAGACGGCGUGCGACGCCUCAUCUGCUGCUAUCUUGUGCAGGCAGGAGGCCAACAGCAAGUGGACUGAAUGGCGGUUCCAGAGGCAUGAUUAUGAGCAGUUGACGAACCCGUGGGAGACUGUGUCGGAAAAGGGUGUUGGGCUGGAGCCGGUGCAGUUGUGCAACUUUAAUGGUAAUGUGUGUAAUAUGGACGCGGCGGAGGGGGGUGAGUAUGGGCCGACUGAUGUGUAUGAGCCUGGUCAUUCGGACUGGAUGUGUGAGCUGCAGGGAAUCACUUGGACCUAGCGUGAUACCUGUCUUCGCUGGUCUGGGAUUGUAGCGUGUUUCUUGGAAUUCUUUGAGUAUUAAAUGGGUAGAAAAUCGGACCAUGUGCCAGCCAACACUAUCGCAUCACGGUCCCAAAGAGCGCGUCUGGGUGCUUUCGAUCAGCACUUCCGCAAGAGGCCCAUGUUCGGCCCCAUAACAGAUCGGGAUCGGGACCGGCGUGGGGCAAACCCGAGUUGAUUGAUGCGCGCGCCAUUGUUUAAAUCUCAAGUACCUAGAUUCAUGAAG